AUGGAUGGAAUGCGAUUGGAGCUAGAUAAGCUCGCAGAUUUCCAUGCCGCCCUCGCAGCGCCCGUGGCAUCGGUCCGGGGCGAGGAAACUGAGCUGAGCACCGUAGUGCGGAAUAUUCGUGCAAGGGCCACGGUGGCACGACUGUCGUUGAGCGACGUGCCGCCCGCAAAUCCCAACGAUCCUUCUCAGCCGAGGAAAAGGAACUGGGCCACGCGAGCAAGGACUGGAUGUCUGACCUGCCGCUCUCGUCGUAUCAAAUGCGACGAAGCACGACCUCGUUGCAAGAGAUGUGCACUGGGCAGUCGCCAUUGUGUCUACGACCAGACGUUCAGUCCGGCGGCACCAGUCAAAGGCUUGCCCUCACCGGAUUGGCACAUCGGAGAAGCCCUUCAUUACUAUGCUCGCAUCAUGACCCCGAUGCACGACUUUCACGCUCCCGGGGACAAUUUGCCAUGGUCAUGGUAUCCCACCGCCUGCAGUGCCUCUCGUCCAUUAGGCGUGCCCCGCCACGCGAUCGUCCUAAGGAAACUGAACCGUUGCAUUGCUACACCCGAUGGUCUAGUUCCUGCCCUUGCACACAUUUCCAAGUUGAUGCAUGUUGAGCUCAAUUUUGGAGUACCAGAAUGGAGAGCACACGCGGAGGGUUUCGGAUCCCUGCUUAAACGCUAUUCCUAUCCGCUCUCUGAUCUGCAAUUUCCUCACAACCUGACUGUGCAAUAUAUGCUCGUAGUAGCGAGCAUGUGCAACACAACCAGCCCCCCGCACGACCAGAUCGAAAACAUGUCCAACUGGUCGGACGAGAACAUCGUCAUUGCGUACAGCCACACCGGAUGUCACGCAUUUCCCGCCCCUACACCUGUAUUCCAGGCCAUGGUUCGCAUCACGCAUCUGCGAACGCUCGUGGCGGCCGGCACGAGGACUGCCGAGUGGAAGGGGAUCGCCCACGACGCGCACACCAAGAUCCAGAGCGUCAAUCCGGACAGCUGGGGAGAGCCGUACUCGACCGACCAUGACUUUUAUCCAAUCGCUGCGCGGAUGUACCAAGCCGCCGUUGCUCUUUACGCUAUAUUGACGCUGCCCACACCGCUCGCGGCUGUUUUUGUGUUUCCGCGCGGAGACGAAGAGGGAGCGUCGAACACCGUAGAUGCGUCGAUUCCAAAGGUGUCCUCGGAGACUUGGGGCGUCCAGUCAGCUACGACCGAUGGAACGGCGGCAAAAGGUGUGAAGCAUAAUAUCGACAAGCUUGGCUUGGUACAUGCCAAACUCGAACGAGACGACAGCCAGACGGCGCGGGUGCGGUAUCAGAGCCGCCUCUUUAGGCUGUUCCGACAGGCAAUGAGAGCGAUGCCGGACUCGGCAGGACACAUGUGGCCGGCAGCGGUACUGGGUGUGGCUCUUCGGGGGCACAAGGAGGAGCAAGCAAUUCUUUUGGAUUACAUUGGUCCUCUGCGCGGAUUGCCCGCAUCGGAAAACGGAGCAGCUGAUCUAUAUGAUAAGCUAGUCUUGUUUUGGGCGUCCGGUAAGACGCGGUGGGAUCAGUGCUUCUACGAGCCGACAAGUGUCUUGACUUGA